AUGUCAGGAAAACUCGCCCAGCAGAGGGAGCAGUUGAACCUUAACCAAGCUCUAUCAAAAUGGACCGAGUUCCUCACAUUCCCUCCGACUCCUCCUCGCCAGGAGGAACCGGUCGUUAAUACCCUGAGCGUCUUUACCCAAGCCAUCGAGCGGCUGUCGCGGCCUAGUAGCCCAACGCAAGAGCCAAUUCCAACCGGCCUGCUCCAGGAUUUGCAGAAGAUUGGCUUGACAGGUGCCUUCAGAGACAUGAGGACUCUUGUUGAUGUCCUCAAGUCCAAAGUUGUCGAUGGCGGUAUUGUAGAUGAUAAAACCUACUUGAUGGAGAGAAUAAUUCAGGUCGCAAGCGGGCUGCCUGCUACUUCGAAGAACGAGAAGGCGCUUACUGGCGCAUUGCUCGAUAAGCUCUGGAACCAGCUCCAGCAUCCACCAUUGUCGUACCUCGGCCUAAAACAGCAGUAUCGCUCAGCAGAUGGCUCCUACAACAAUAUCUUGUACCCACAUUUGGGAAAGGCGGGAACACCAUAUGCUAGAAGCGUCCGCCCCAUGAAGAAGAUGCCUGGCGCUCGUCCAGAUCCAGGAUUGCUUUUCGAUGUCCUCUUGGCUCGCCAAAAGUCUGAACCUCAUGCAAACAAGAUCUCGAGCAUGCUGUUUUAUCUCGCUACGAUUAUUAUUCAUGAUCUAUUCCGGACUAACCGCAAAGAUUAUUCUAUCUCUGAUACAUCCUCGUAUCUUGAUUUGUCUCCUCUUUAUGGAAGUAAUGAGGAAGAACAGAAGGCGAUGAGGACAUUCGAGGACGGCAAGAUCAAGCCAGAUGCAUUCUCUGAGAAGAGGCUCCUUGGUUUCCCACCAGGUGUUUGUGUUCUCCUUCUCUCCUUUGGAAGAUUCCAUAAUUUCGUCGUCGACACUCUUUUGAAGAUCAAUCAGGACGCAAGAUUCACAAGGCUUAGGUCUGCUGCAGAUAGAGACGAGAAACUCUUCCAGACUGGUAGACUCAUUACAUGCGGUCUCUACAUCAACAUUGUCUUGAUUGACUACAUUCGUGUCAUCCUCAACUUGACACGAACGGAAUCUACCUGGUGCCUAGACCCCCGUGCCGAGAUCCACAAAGUUUUCAGCCAGACUGGAACACCACAAGGCGUUGGCAAUCAGGUCUCUGCUGAAUUCAAUCUCGUCUAUCGUUGGCACUCUGUUAUAAGUGACAGAGACGAAGAGUGGACUAAGGGGUUGUAUAAGAAGAUCUUUGGCAGCGACUCUGUAGACAUUCCUCUGCCAGAAUUUAUUGCAGGCCUUAUGAAAUGGGAGAAGACGAUCCCAGAUGACCCUGGCCAGCGUACUUUCGAAGAUUUGGUGAGGGAUCCGGAGACUGGGAAAUUCAAGGAUGAGGAUCUUGUUAGUAUUUUGUCAGAUAGUAUCGAGGAUUGUGCAAACUCAUAUGGUGCCAAUGCCGUCCCAGCAAUCAUGCGCGCAGUUGAGAUACUCGGUAUCGAACAAACCAGAGCCUGGGAACUCGGGUCUCUCAAUGAAUUCCGUGCCUUCUUCGGUCUCAAGGAGCACACCACAUUCGAAGAUAUCAAUUCCGACCCAAAGGUCGCCGAGGCUCUCCGUCAACUCUACGGUCACCCCGACUACGUAGAAAUCUACCCCGGUAUCGUCGUUGAAGAACCAAAAGUUCCCAUGUCACCUGGUGCUGGUCUUCUACCCGGCUACACUAUUAGUACUGCUAUUCUCAGUGAUGCCGUGGCUCUCGUCCGUGGUGAUAGAUUCUAUACUGUUGAUUACACAACCGGUAAUCUCACAAAUUGGGGUUACAACGAAGUCGGCUCUGAUCCUGAAAUUGCCUAUGGAGGUGUCGUCUACAAACUCUUCCAUCGUGCAUUCCCAGGAUGGUUCCCAUCAAACUCUGCAUACGCAAUGUUCCCAUUCACGGUUCCUCAGGAGAACCAACAGAUCUACAAGGGCUUUGGAAAGGAUUACAAGUAUAACUUCGAUCGCCCGACUAACCCGUUCGAACAUACGUUGGAAACUCGAACCGCGGCCCUUCUUCAAUCUCCGUCUGAUUUCAAGGGUUACAGUGUCAUUUUCAAGUUGAUCGCAGAUGUUCCCGACUUCCGAGAAAUUAUCCAGCGAUCAGUCAUCUCGAUUGCGAAAGAAGUUCUUGGUUCUAGAUCGACCCAACUCAACGUUGGAGUUUGGGUUGAUGCCAUCCGUGAUGUUAGCAACCUUGUUGCCGUCCGAACGACGGCAGAACUCUUCUCUUUGCCACUUACCGGCGUCCCUGGCACUCCGGAUGCAUACACUGACUACGAGCUUCAUGGAACACUUUGUACCAUUGCAAACUAUAUCUACCAUGUUGUUCCAGUUCCUGAUGCGAAGAGAUUUGAGUUGUCUGAGGCGGCACAUAACCUCUGGGAUGCCCUCCUCGGCGUUACAUUCGUAAAUGAUAAUGGAAAGUAUAGUUUCAAGAGGGGGAACGGAUCUUCGACUGGAAAGACGGAGUUGAGUAAGAUUGCAGCUGAGAUUCGAGGAUUUAUUGCUAGUGAUCCAAGGGAAGGUAUCCUGGCUGCUUCGAAGCUUUGCUUGGAUAUUUCUAUCGGGUUCGCUGAAAUCCUUGGUUACUACCUCCUACCGGAUAACGCAGAGGCUUUGAAGAAGCUCCAGGGUGUCGGUGACGGUAACUCGCGCGAUGUUAUUGAAGCUGCGCUUCAUGCUCUUCAGCAAUCCCCUGUAGCACAGAGGACGACUGCAACCCACGAAGUUCCUCUCAAGGUCCUCACAGCUAUUCUUCAAGUAUUUGGAUCUCUUCCAAACCUUCGUUCUGCACCGGGUCCGCAGGGUAAGAUUCAUACUGUCGCCAUUGAAUCUAUUACGAGGGAUGGAGUGGUGGAUUCAGGAUAUGCAUAUAUCUCCGAGGAUUGGGGUCAACUUGGGUCGUAUCCUUAUGCUUUGAAGGUCUUAUAUGAUGCUGCGUAA